AUGAGUCAGACUCGUGGUACAGAUGCUGACGAAGACAGGCGUACAAGGUUUCUCUAUAGCGUUGGCGGAAUCCCCUUAACGGUGUUUAUUGCUUUGGCAGAGUGCGCGGCGAAGAAUGGAGGAUCGGUGGUGGAACACCAUUCGUCUUCUUACUGGCAAUCCUUAGGCCAGCCUUACUUCGACAACACGACGAAGAGGGAAACCACGACGACCGUCGGCCAAUCCGCUUACCUGCACUGCAGGGUGCGCAAUCUUGGCGAUCGUGCUGUCUCGUGGAUCAGGAAGCGAGAUUUGCACAUUCUGACUGUAGGAAUCUUAACUUACACGAACGACCAGCGUUUCCAGUCGUUGCACAGUGACGGAAGUGAUGAAUGGACCCUGAAGGUUACUUCACCGCAGGUUCGAGAUAGCGGAACGUACGAGUGUCAGGUCUCGACCGAGACGAAAAUCAGCCAGGCUUUUAACUUAAGCGUAGUAGUGUCCGAGGCGAAGAUCAACGGGAACUCAGAGCGGUACAUCAAAAGCGGAAGCGACAUCAAUCUGACCUGCAUCGUAUUGCAGACACCUGACCCGCCGUCCUUCAUUUAUUGGUACAAGGGUGACCACGUGAUAAAUUACAGUCAAAGAGGUGGCAUCAGCGUAAUUACUGAAAAGCAAACGCGAACGUCGCGUCUCUUGAUAUCCAGGGCGUUGCCUGCUGAUUCUGGAAAUUACACGUGCGCCCCGUCCGGGGCCAACUCAACCAGUGUCCUAGUCCACGUACUCAAUGGGGAGCAUCCUGCGGCGAUGCAGCAUGGGAAUUCGAGCAACAGCGGCGCGGCAACGAGGACUCUCGCGUUGCUCCUGUUGCUUUUGCACGCCGGUUCGUUCGCGAGGUGA